AUGUGGCUUCUGCUCAUCUUCUCCAUCCUGGUGACAUCUGCAGCCCAGGAUAGAGACAAGGCGCUGGAAGGGGAGGAGUGUGUGCCCCACUCCCAGCCAUGGCAAGUGGCCCUCUUCGAGCGUGGGCGCUUCAACUGCGGGGCUUCCCUCAUCUCCCCACGCUGGGUGCUCUCUGCUGCACACUGCCUCACCCGCUUCAUGAGCGUGCGCCUGGGCGAGCACCAUCUGCGCAAGUGUGAUGGCCCGGAGCAACUGCGGAUGGUUUCUCGCGUCAUCCCCCACCCGCAGUACGAAGCACGCAGCCACCGCCAUGACGUCAUGUUGGUGCGGCUAGCCAGACCUGCGCGUCUGACCCCCCAGGUGCGCCCAGUGGCCCUGCCCACCCGUUGCCCCGACCCAGGAGAGGCCUGAAGGGUGUCUGGCUGGGGCCUGGUGUCCAACGAGGAGUCCGGGACCACAGGAAGCCCUGAGUCUCAAGUGAGCCUCCCAGACACGCUGCAUUGUGCCAACAUCAGCAUCAUCUCGGACGCCUCUUGUAACAAGGACUACCCUGGACGCCUGACAAGCGCCAUGGUGUGUGCAGGAGUGGAGGGCGGAGGAACCGACUCCUGCGAGGGUGACUCCGGGGGACCCCUGAUCUGUAGAGGUGCUCUUCAGGGCAUUGUGUCCUGGGGUGAUGUCCCUUGUGACACCACCACCAAGCCUGGUGUCUAUACCAAAGUCUGCCGCUACCUGGAGUGGAUCAGGGAAACCAUGAAGAGGAACUGA